CCUUAUUCUUGGUCCCCCCACCAACUUGAUUUCUACGUUUGUGUCAAACCUCCAUCAUUCAUUUUGGUGAGUCAAUCCAUUCGUUGUAGUCUCCCCCAAAAUUUCCUAAUCCCCCAUACCUGCUGUUAAUAUACUUAAUAAAAAUAAGAAAAUUUCAAGGGAAAUGUACAAUAAUCGAGACACUGAAAGUCUGAAAUAAAUUUUUUUUUUCUAGCCAAACUUCUCGUGGAAACCUGAGAGAAAUUUACCUAUUGUUUUCAGACUUUACACGUUUUCAUUUAAUUCAAUAUAUUUUGCCUUUUCUUGUCCCCUUUCAACAGCUCCCUCAUUUAUAGUCCACCUGGGUUUUCUCUCUUCUUCCUCUCUUCUCCGUGUUCUUUGCUUCUUUCUUGACUCCAGCUGUAUCUUUUCAAAUCUAUCUUCGUUGAUUCGAUGAUUGUUUUCCCUCUUGUUUAGCUCUUUGAUUGACUCUUUCUGGUUUUAUUUUUCUGUUGGUGUUUCAAUGGAUUUCGAGUACAUAACAAGAAAUUAUUGUUUCCAAUAUCAUUUCUAGUUUCUGAAAUAGUGUUUUUUUCAGUAUAAAACUUUGCAUGUCUGAUUGUUUUCAAGAUCCAAGCAUACCCCUUUCUUUGCAUUUUGACAAGUUGUUUUUCAUGGAUCUUGUAAGUAAAAGCUACACGAACAGGAUCCGACUCUCACAAGCUCUUUCUCCAAUCGCAAGUCCGGGAAACUCAAUCUUGGGGCCUCAUUUGCAUUCAUCUGAUACAAGUUUUCCCAUCAUAGCUAUUUCUGUCAUAGGAAUUUUAGCUACAGCUUUCUUGCUAGUCAGCUACUAUAUCUUUGUCAUCAAGUGCUGCCUCAAUUGGCACAGGAUUGAUCUUCUAAUGCGAAUUUCUUUGUCUCGAAGACGACCCGAAGACCCUUUAAUGGCUUAUUCUCCAGCAAUGGAACAUAGAGGACUUGAAGAAUCUGUUAUAAGAUCAAUCCCAAUAUUUCAAUUCAAGAAAGGUGGAAACAACAGAGAUUUUGGAGAGAGAAGCAUUUGUGAGUGUGCAGUUUGCUUGAAUGAGUUCCAGGAAGAUGAGAAGCUAAAAAUAAUACCAAACUGUAGCCAUGUUUUUCACAUUGAUUGCAUUGAUGUUUGGCUUCAGAACAAUGCCAAUUGUCCACUUUGCAGAACAAGUAUUUCAAAUACUAAUCGGUUCCCAGUUGACCAAAUCAUUGCUCCAAGCUCAACUCCACAAGAACCAAAUCCAUAUACUGAAAAUAUGUUUAGUGGUGAUGACGAUUUUGUGGUGAUUGAAUUAGGUAAUCAUAGUUCCACCGAUCAAAUAUUGCUUGGUGCACAAGAAAGAUUGAACUCGGGGGAGUUAUCGAUGCGGUCAAUUAGUCCUUCACCAAGGAAGUUGGAGCAAAGAAUUGUGCAGAAAGAACCAAGAAAAUUUCAUAAAGGGACUAGCAUGGGAGAUGAAUGCAUCGACAUUAGAGGCAAAGAUGACCAGUUUGCAAUUCAGCCAAUAAGGAGGUCUAUCUCAAUGGAUUCAUCAGCAGAUCGGCAGCUCUAUUUAGCAGUUCAAGAAGCUAUAAGACAGAACAGGCAAGCCAAUGAGAUUAGCCCUAUUGAAGGUUGCAGUAGCAGAGUGAGAAGAUCUUUCUUUUCUUUUGGUCAUGGAAGAGGGUCCAAAAGUGCAGUUUUACCCGUUUAUUUGGAGCCAUAAAACCAGAGUUUUGGGGUUCUCUUCUUGUCUUUUUUAACAUGGAGAUUUUUCAUGUGUUAAGAGAGGCAAUUAAAUUUGACAUAGAAAUGUUCAAAUUGAAAUUGAAAAAAUCAUUAUUUUAUUUGAAUUUCUUCCUGGGGUUUUUAAAUUAUAAUGACUUGGGGUAGGGGGCUGGUCCAUUGUGUUCUCAAAUGACUACAGCCAUGAUUAUGAGCAUCAUUAUUCCUUGCUUCAACAACCAAUUACUUUUUAUAAAGUUCUUGUUAAGUUUUAAUUCUUUCCUUGAUUGGAUCCAGUAUUUGUCUCAUUUUUGCUUUGACAUAAGAGAGAGAUACUAUAAAAGAAGUGGUAGAAGGGCGGAGGGGGUCACCUUCAAUUGAUUCAGCUGGCAAAGAAGGGAUCCUCUUCAAUUGAGAGAAUCCGAUGGCUACCAACUUCUAUUGCCAAUAAUGUUAUGGUUGUUGAAGAAGGAAUAUAUGGUUUGGUCUCCGUUGGUUUGGCGUCACCAUCAAGUCUAUUUUCUUUCACCCUACCCCCUGUCAACAGUUCUAGCCAGGGUCAACCAUGGACCUUAUGGAAAACCUCAAUGGGCCUACUGCAAAACUGUGAGUGCAUGCAUCAAAUAACAAUGGUCUGAUGUACAAACCUUCAAGGUCUUCCACCUCGCCAAGGGUGUAAUUCACACCAACACUUAUUUCGACCUGGUAAAAUUUUAACUUCAGCUCAAUGCAUGUUUCCACAUUUCAGUGACAAACUCUUGAAAAAUAAAUGCAAAGAAAAUCAUAUUUGGAAAAGAGUUAGAAACAUGGAUGCAAUAAGGAUGCAGCUUCUUCAAUGUAUCAGAAAAAAAGCACAGAAAAAGAAAUAAAGACCCCUCCCUGUUGCAUUGAGAUAAAUGUAGUUAAAUACCAGUAUAUAUACAAAUAACAUUAUUGUCACUAAUAUCCCUUCUCUGUUUCUUGGAGAGCUGAAGUACACAGCCAUACACUCAUGUUUCUGAUUUCUGGUCUCGUCACUGACAGACACUUGAACUACCUUUAACGAAAACAGAAAUUCUAUGCUACUGGUUUUUCCCUUUAGUGGCUCUUCAAAUGGCAAAACAUGCCACCCGAACUUUUGUUUUCACUCAUGUGCUUGAAAGCAUGGGCAAAGAUUGAGAUCAAUGUCUGAUGAGAUUGCAAAUGAUUUUCUUGUAGGAAAUUUAGAAUGGGAGAGGGGAAAAUUUUUUGAUAAGAUGUUUGUUGUAGUAUAACCAUAUGAUCAGAGUUGACAGCAGGAUCAGCCUGUUGCAAAGAAAAAAAGAGAGACAGAGCAGAGAAAGGGAAUAAAUUAUCAUUCAACCUAGGCCCAUACCCUCACAAAGAAUCACAAAGCUAACCCAAAAAAUGACAGUAGAGGCACAGAACUUUGGCCUAUUGCUGCCCUUUAUUAAAAUUUAUGUAUAUAUAUAUAUUCUCUCUUC